AUCCAGCCAACCAAAAUAAUAAUAUGUUUAGUCAUUUAUGGGUUUCUAAUUUACUGUAGGUAGUCAUGGUACAGCCCAAAUGGGAUGUAAAGUAGUGUUGCUUGGGUUGCCCUUGUGAAAUGGACACCUGUACCCCUGAUCACAUGAUGCAUGACACAGAUACACACUUCCUGGAGUCACCUCCUCCGGUAGUGAGUUAGCAUGGAUGUUAGUAGAACACAAAGGAGCCUUGACAAGAUGACAUGACCUACAUUCACUGACUCAGUGUCUGGACCUGUAUGAGAAUCAUUAUUUAUUCUAGAAGCAGCUCUUCUGAUCAUCUUACCAUGACAAUCAAACAGUUCCAGUUGGACUACGACACAAUGAACAGCCAAGGCACUUUCUCUGCUGGCGACACACUCUCUGGACGGGUCACCGUGAAAGUUUCGAAAGUAACCAAAGUGCAGUGUUUUUGGAUCAAGAUCAAGGGCAAGGCUGAGGUCACGUGGACGGAACAAGAUGGCCAAGGUCCUGUUCUCCACUGCAACAAGAAGAGAUAUUUUUGUUUUGAGCAAAUCAUUUUGCAGGAGAGGGGUGGAGACGGCUCGGAGAUCAUACGCCCUGGGAAACAUGUUUACCCUUUCACUUUCCAGAUACCCAAAACAAAUAUGCCCUCGUCCUUUAAGGGGAAAUGGGGUCAAAUCACAUACAGUCUGAAAGCAAAGUUGACUCGGACGAUUUGGAUGGUGUACAAAGUCAAAAAAGAGUUUCCCUUUGUCUCGAAAUCAGACUUACCCAUCACCAUCCUAGGACUUAAGCUCAUACAGGAACCUCAGCAUGGAACAAAGAUGUCUUUUCUUCCUUUUGGAAUUGUCACAAUGAAUGUAACCUCUGAGAAAAUGGGCUUCAUUCAAGGCGAGGUGUUUGAAGUUCAGGUCGAGGUACACAACAGCUCAACGCGUACAGUCACCCCUAAAAUCUACCUGGAUGAGAAGCAGACCUUUUUAGCCGAGACCAAGGGCAACGUCCGCACUAACGAGAUCCAGUUAGGAGCGUGUGACCCUGUCCCAGCCUCCUCCAGCCUUGCUGUAUCCCGAGUCCUGACCAUCCCCUCCCACCUCCAUCCCACCAUUUUCAACUGCUCCCUGAUCAAGGUGGAGUACAGACUCAAGGUUAUUCUCGAUGCACCACUGGCCAAAAACCAGGAAAUAGUACUACCAUUGGUCCUUUUCCUAAAUGAAUCAAAAACACAGGAGGCACCUAAGAAGAAAUCUAGAUGGUCCAGAUAAGGUUAAUCUGCUUCAGAUUCCUGCGUGCUGCACAUACCAGGAGAUGAAACCAUGACUGUCCCAAACCAAGACGUUUAUCAAAGGUCAUUUGUGUUAACUCCACCUCGAGUGCACUGUACUGCACUACAACCUGUGUCCACUAGAUGGCGGCAGUAUGUUGGUGGGGGGAGCCAGUCGAACAAACCGACCAACACGACCGACAUCAGGCUGUUCAUGAACAUGUCGACUUGACGUUCUUGUGCUGUAGGUAUGCAUGGUCGUGUGAUGUCACAGGGACAAGAAGUGCUGGACUCUACAUCCUGAUUCCCCUGCAAUGCACAGAUUCAAUAAACGAAUA